CGACUUGGACACAUUGCUCACGUCCAACUAACUAGCACCACACCACCACAAUGGCAUCACCCAACGGCGGACUUGCCGGCCUGUACGAGCGCGCGUCGGCGCUCAACCCCGCGUCGCUGAUCGGUAUCUCGGCGGUGCUCACAUGGUUCAUCGACGUCAAGUCGCUCCGGAACGAGUGGACCCUCAUGCUAUUCGGCCUUGUUGCCCUCGAGCUGUCGAGCACCGGCCCGCUGCGCUGGUUCCUCAUCUUUGUCGCCGUGGCUGGGUUCUUCGACCUGCUAGCCAUUGUCGACGGCAGCGCGAGCGGGUUCCAGUUCAUCCUCGUCCUCGCGCUCCUCGCGCUCAAGGCGCCCAUCUUUGGCUCUUCGCUCGUUCGCCUCCGCGACAAGGGCGGAGACAUUGGCUACCCCGGCGUCGACCUGUGGCAGCAAUGGCAGAACAACCAGGGAUCCCAGGCUCAGCACGCCGGCGGAGUCAUUGGCACGGCGCCACGCCCCGCUGCGUCUGCACCACCUCCCCCGCCCGGCGCGUUCCCCUCUGGUGGCGGAUACCGCCUCGGAGGCGACGAGGAGAGCCAGGCCCCGCGCAACACCAACCACGGCGGAUACCAGCCCAUCAACUAGGCCGUACCCCUUUCCGCCCAGCUCUAGACCCACGACAUACUUGAUAAUACAAUGC